UUGCCAGUAAUAGUACACUUGGAAAUAUUCAGACUGAUUCACAUUCAGAAGUUUUGUUUUUACAGGAUUUCUACACGGCAAACAGCUGAAUGUAUGACGACCCAGCUUUAAGAAAUGUUUUUUUACUGUUGGCAACCUGCCAAAGAGGAAGUACAAAGGUGUAGCUUGAGUUUCAGAAACAAUUAACAUGUUGUGCAGUGUAGACAAGAAUGAAAGAGUUUCAAUAGAUCAUCGGCUACAAAACGUUUCAACUAGCUGCACAAAUGAAUAUCACCGUGCUCAAUGCUUUGGAUAACCUGCUUACAAAGCGUUCGUGCUGGUAGCAGCUCGUUCAGCAGGUGCAGUAUUACAGGCAUUUCCAGUUUUCAAAGAUCCACUUCCAUUUUAGAAAGGUUAUAUAUUAUUUGCAUCUGUAAUGUACAACACAGAGAUCAGAGCAUUGGAAACUAACAGUCAUGAAAAAGAAGAAAUAAGUCCAUUAUAUGGAUCUGCCAUGACACACAUCAAAGAAGAGACAGAAUAUAUUAAAGAGAUGCGAAUUACACUGCGGAGAGUACGAGAGCAGAUGUUCACGAUUGAAGAUGGAGCCACUCACAGCCCAUUAACUCAAGAGAUAAAGAUACCUGUGACAGAGUCGCCCGAUCUUGAUGAAUCCGACCCUUGUUUGGCUGAACUGUGCUCCAAGUAUCAACAGAUCCUUGAUCAGAUUAAAGCAAAAGAUGCCGAGCUUCACGCCAUUCUACAAGAAAACAAGGAACUGGACACACAGUUGGAGGCCACUCAGGAAGCGGGAGCUGCGGCACUUCGGAAUGCCUCACAGAAACUCUACAAGCAGUAUCAAAAGCAGAUGGAUGAACUAAAGCAGAAGCAUGAGCAGGAGAAGCAGAGGCUUCAGGCUUUUACCGAGGAGCAGGAGGAAAAUUUGAAAAGUAGCGUUGAAAAUUUCAAUAACCUGGAACUGAAACUUCUGCACAAACAGAACAGCCUGACAGAACUGGAAAGGCGAAUAGACAGGAUGGAAAAGGAGAAGGAAGAGUUGAUGGGAAGGAAGCUUUCUGUGGAGAAAGAGAUGGAAUGCAAGAAUUCAAUGGAUUAUCCAGACGGCACAAAAGGGUUUCAGAAUCUUCGGUUGGAGUCUUCCACACUGCAGGAAAAAAUCUUUCACCUCGACAAUGUCAUCACACAGCAACACCGAAAUCUGCAUAGUGCAAUAAACUCGAUUGAAAACUCAAAAAUGGAGUUGGAAAAACAGGAUUUAAUCAUUUUGAAACUGAAGGAACAAGUAGGCAUACUUGAAGCAGAGAACAAUCGUCUGAAAAAUAAAGUUGAAGUUUGCUCUGAAAAGCAAAAGGAAAAUGAUUCACCAGCUUCAUCUGACAGCCCUCCUCCUAAAUCCAUUAGUGAAUCGAAAAGAAACCAAACCCCUUACCAAAUGCUGAUGAAUUGGAAAAAGUCAACUGCCUGACCACGGGCCCAGCUGCCUCUACAUUGCGGUGCAUUUACCACAGAGGAAUUCUUAAAGAAGAGAGCUCACGUCUCCAAGCACACUUGCCUGCCAGCUUCUUGUGACCAUCUAAUUUGUAAAUUGCCAAAGGAUAGAGUACAAAAACACAUGUCUGAAACUGCAUGUACACAGGCAAAUUAAAGACCUGCUGCACUCUGUGGUUUUUGAAAGCAAUAUCUGUCAGGAAAUGAAAUGAAGUAUUGAAGUGGAAGACUGAUUGAGGGAAACAUUGGGUAAUCAAAUGAAAAUGGCUCAGAAGGGCAGGACAAUGCAACUAUCAUGUACAUUUUCCACAAAUGCAGCUCUAAACUGGUUUCUCAAGAGUGAGCAUUUAAAAUGUCGACUUAAUAUGUCUCGUAUUGCUUCACUGAGCACUUGACUGUGCAAGCAAAUGUACAGACUUAUUUGCUUGUCUGAAAUAAAUCUAUUUAAUUGGU